AUGGAAUCAAAAGGUGUUCCCUUGAAGCAAGGGAUUGUAAUUAGGAGACAUUGCGUCUCGAAUGGGAUCACAUUUUCCUUCAACAACUUGAAAGUAGUGAGCCAGACUUCAAGCCAAGUGGGGAAUGAUAGCAGUGAUCUAGACUUAUGUUUUGAGGAUGAUGAUAACAGUGAUCCAGACUUUGAAGACAGUGACUAUGCACAGAGUGAUGAAGAGAUUUACUUAUUGAAGAAGGAUGAUAAGUGGUUUGAAGGUUAUGUGGAUCAUACUUGUACUAACAAUGAUCCUAAUGCAGAGGAAAAUAAUGAGUCAGACGGUGGAGAAGAGUCACCUACACUUACCUGCCCAAGUAGCUCUUCAAGUGAAGAUGAAGCACUAGGUAAACUAAGAAGGAAGAGGAGUAGAAUGUCAAAAGGUGAAGAUUUCAUACCUGAAAUUGAUAUGGCAAACCCAGGAUUCAAAGUGGAGCAAGUUCACCAAGACUAUGGUUAUAGACCAUCUAGAGCAACAGUGUAUAGAGCAAAAGCCAUGGCAGUUGACAUUGUAGAGGGGUCGUACAAUAAACAAUAUGAAAUAUUGUGGGAUUAUUGUCAUGCCUGCAAGGUGUUUUUAGAUGGUUGUAGGCAUGUGGUUUGCUUGGAUGGGUGUCAUGUCAAAGGGCCUCACCCUGGGCAAGUGCUUUCUGCAAUGGGAUUUGAUGCAAACAACGAAAUGUUUCCACUUGCCUAUGCAUAUGUAGAGAUUGAGAGCAAUUCGACAUGA